AUGGGUGGAGGAGGCUAUAACAUGGGAGGUUUCGGUGGAGGAAUGGGCGGAGGAGGUAUGGGCAUGGGUGGCAUGGGAGGAGGAUAUGGAGGAGGAGGUAUGGGUGGAGGAGUUUACAGAAUGGCAUGGUUAAUAUUGCCUUCUUAUAGUAUAGGAUUGGGUGGCGGAGGAAUGGGUAUGGGUGGCGGAGGAAUG